AGAUCGUGGUUCGCGGUCGGGGCAAAAUCCAAUUGUCCCAGGUCGACCAUGCUCCGCGUAGAUGACCGAUGUCGAUGACCGUAACUCCACGUGCUAUGACCCUGGUGAUAGGUUUUGCAGCUCUGGGACUGGUUGGUGUGGCAUGGACUCCUCAAUUGGAGGCCUCUUCGCCCUACUCAGCCGUCUCCACAGAUGAUAGUGUGGUCUCGUUGCUGCAGGUGAGUGGCAAGAAAAAGGUGGGAGACAAUCGAACGACAGAUGCAGGAGCUUCAGUCGCUGUGUCCCGCGCCAAUGGGAUCGAUAGAGGUCUCCAAAAGAAUGUGACCAGCAAAGUCAACGACGGACAUGCUGUAGGCAGACACCCGGCGACUGUGCUACUAGAAAGUAUGGCCGAGCUACAUCGGAUGGUGAAAGCUAAGGUUGAAGGUCUUUUGCCCCAAGUCCCGACAUCAGAGGGGAUGCUCUUCACAGCUUGCUUGGUUGCUGGCAUCAUGGUGAUGGCGGUGACCCUGGCGAUGCUGUACCACGGCGCGUCCACACGAAGACCAUUACCCUCUGCACUGGGCCGAACGAACAGAGCAGAUGCAGCGAGCAUCCCCGGCAUGGACGACCCGUCCGCCUCGGCGGGCGACGUGUCGGCCAUGUCCACGGCGGAGGUGGGCGGCGCAGGCAUGCGAAAACCCAAACCCGGCUGUUGCUGAGCGCGCCGUUUGCUGAUCGCCACAGCCGGCGACCGUUGCUCGUCGCAGAGGAAAA